AUGAGGAAAUGUCCGGUACAAUGCCCGGAAGAAACCGAUCGGGAAUUGAAAAACACUUUAGAUCGUAUGCGUACUCGAAUAUGUGAGCUAGAAAAAAAAGUCGUCACAUUUGAUACAGCUAUGGUGGAAAAAGAAGAGCUACGCGAGCAAAUGAACGACGUGGGCAAUUGGGUAGACCAGGUGACGACCAAGCACAAAGAAAUGUUUGCUCAGCUGUCAGCAAACUACGAUGCGUUAUAUGCCAAACACCAAGAGACAAAUGCGAUUGAAGCAAAGUUGCGAUGCGAAAAGGAGAAAUUGAAAAACGACAACGACCGAGUAACCGAACAAAUGCGAUCGUCGAAACGCAAUGAACAACAUCUAUCGGCUGAAAUCGAUAAAAUGGAAAGAGAUACAAAACGCGUUAAAAUUCAACUGUGCGAAACUCAAACUGAAGUCAAUGACCUGAACAACGAAAUUACCAAAAUUCAGUGCAGCAUAAACGGUAAAGAAGAAUCGAUUUGCGCUUUCCGCAAACAGCUCGACGAAAACCGCAGGGAAUACGAUCGGUUGAGGGACGCGGCACGCAGGUUGGAGUGUGACCUAAAGCGUGCCAACGAAGAGUUGGCCAGUGCCAAGGCUUGCUCGGUGAGAACGGAGCAAAAGUUGACACUGGAGCGGGACACCCUGUCCAACGAACUGGAGUGCAAGCGACGGAAUCAGUGCGAUCUGCAGACCACACUGGACGAACAAAAGUGUGCGUUGCGCGAUCAGAAGUCCAGCAUUUGCAAGUUGGAGGCGAUGGUGGCCGAUCUGACGGCGGCCAACGAACGCGAUCGUCGGGACACGGUGGCGCGUGUCCGAGAAUUGACGGAAGAAAACUGCGGGAUUCGCGAGGAAACCGUACGGAAAACCCGGGAAAUCGACGAACUGCGUCGGAAAAACGACUGUCAAGCGUCCGAGAUGGACGAAAAGAAGCGACAACUGAGCACGUUGAGUUGUUCGGUGGACGAAAUGCGGUGUGCCGUGGAGAAAAUCAAGCAGAGCAUGCGGAGCAAAGUGCGCAGGCUGGAGAGCAACACACAAGCGUUGGAGUGCAAAAUGAAAUCCAGGUGCGCGAAAAUCGCCGAACUCGACAGGGAGACUUGCGACUUGCGCAACCAAGUCGAACAACAAUCGUACGACGUGUGUCACGUGCAAAAGAUUACGCCCGUCGAUAGAUGCCCUUGUCCGGCAGAACCGUGUGACGACGUCCACGCUAUUCUAGAGAAAUACUCGUCGAAUAACAACAACAACAACAACAACGAAUGUGACGACGGGUCGGACGAUACGGAACAAAUGGUGUGCGAAAUCCAAGGGUUGAACAAACAACUGUCCGCAUUGAAGGACGCGGUUGUGUGUGGGCAAAAAUAA